UUAUUGAACAAAAAUGUAUAUAUUUACAAUCUUUAUUUAAAUGUUAUACAAUAAGUAAAUUUUAUAAGAUUUGAUUGACGGGAGGGAGAAGUCACCCAGUGGCGGCACCCCGAAAAUAAUAUACUUACGCAAAAUAUUAUAUAAGUGUCAAACUCCGUCGUUUAUUGUCGAAAUUUUGGAUCGUCGCUAUAUUAGUAUUUAUACACUAUAUAAAUUAUAGUGCUACAUUAUUAUUCAAUAUAUUGUAUAUAAUAUACUUAGGUAUUUUCGUCUGGUUACCGGUUAGUCGUUUUUAUAAUCUCAUCAGGUCAAUCCACGUCGGCCGUAUAGUAGGUACUAGCCAUAUAUAGGUACUAGAAUUUGUCGACGUGGACAAUAUUAACGAAAAAUGUAUCGUAGGAGGAAGAUAUAGAUACCGAAUGUAACCAGAGUUGAUUUGAGUGGAAUAACAGCCCUCAUUAUUUCUUAUUCCAUAGACCUUAGGCAAAAAUUGCAACCCAAAAUAAUGUAGUAAAGCGUAAUUAGGUACCUACACACAAAUAAGAAAAUACGACGAGCCAAUGAAUAUAAUAUGAUCCAUAUAAUAUGUCCAUCAUGGAAAUGCCGGUAAACAAUUGUCAUUGAAAUUACAAAUCUUGAAUUAAAAAGUAGUAUAUUAUAGUAUAUAAUACUGUAAUUUAAAAUUAAAAAUAAAUCCUACUAAAAAAUAUCAUCAAGUCAACAAAUUAACGUGCAAGUAGGUACACAUAUAACUUUUUAAAGCAAAAUAUAAUAGAACCAGCCUGUAUAGAAAUAUACAUAGGUAGGUACAGGUUGUAUAUAUACAUGAACACGAACAUCACGAGUCUGUACCAUACAAGUUUCAGCAGUGUAUUAUAACAGAUGGAAAAUGUUAGCUCAUUAUUAAACAUUUCUGGACUUACUUCAAAACUGGGCCUUUCGAUAAUCUAGCCUCAUUAUAUGCACGUGACUACCUAAUAUAGUCUCAUAGGUAAUUGAUCACGUCCUGACAAUCUAGUAUCAGCUACUGUACGCCACGCGGUUAACCGUUGGAGGUUUCGGGUGGGUAAUAUUAUUAUUAUAAUAAUUAGCUAGGUAUUUUAAUAAUAACAAAUUUUAAAUAAUUGUAAUAAUAUAAUAGUAUAAUACAAUAAUUGUGAUUAUCUCUCCGACAAUUAUAAUAUAGGUACCUAUACGCGUCAAUGGUUAAUCAUUAGCAGAAAGAAGAACAUAAAAAAAAAAAACGCUUAAAAAAUUGUCACGACCCGCGCGCGCCCGCCGUAGCCCGAUCCCCCCUUCCCACUCCGAGCGGAUGAGUCGCCCGGGCCCGCGGCCGGCCGCGCGCGUCCUCGACACCGCCGGACGCCGCUGGUUAAAUAAAGUGCGGCAAAACCGCCACGAAGUCCGUCACAACGAUCAAGUCUUCUGGCCGCAAUAGGUACGUCGCCAGUGCUGUGGGUCGACUUCAAUUUGGCUCUGUCGCGCGUCGUGUCCGCGUCGUGUGUUUGGCGUAAUUCGUUUCGUUCCAUCUUCAUCAUAAUAUUAUUAUUAAUUUUCCAUCAACGUGUGAUUUAAUUAUUUACCUAUUGAUGGUAAAAAAAGAAAAUCAAAAAAAUCGUAAAAUUUAAAGUGUAUUCGCGGUGUCGUAUAGUUAUAAUUAGUGUCGUUUGCAAUUUUUUUGGCCGUGAGUGUGAGUGUGUGUGUGUGUGUGUGUUUUGAACCCAUCGCGACGCAUGACGUAACGGAACACAAUAAUAUAAUAGUAUAUUAUCGUUUUUAUUAUAUUUGAAUCGCCAACGGACGAAAACAACGUCAGUUGGCCCGUGUCGGCGAGAUAUAAAUAGCUAUAGCCGAGUCAUGGGUAAGAUGAGUGGGUCGGUGGUGAUCAACGUGAAGCGGCCAGUAUAUCAGCUUGAUGACCUACACGAUGGCAAUACGAACGGGGACGUGGACCUAGAGGCGACCGCCAAGCGGAAAAAGGUGUCCAAGCUGAAGUGGUCUGACGUAAAAACGGUGGUGCCGGCAAUCGACUGGCUGUUCACCAACUACAACUGGUCCGAGGACUUUUUCAAGGACUUCGUGGCCGGGUUUACGGUAGCCGUGCUAAACAUACCACAGGGCAUGGCGUACGCUAUGCUCGGCAACGUGGACCCGACCGUCGGCCUCUAUAUGGCCAUCAUGCCCGUCAUCGUUUACAGUCUGCUGGGAACGUCCAGACACGUGUCGAUGGGAUCGUUUUCGGUCGUUUGCUUAAUGACUGGCAAGGUGGUAAGCACGUACGCCAACGCCAACGCCAACUACAUUAACGCCGACAUCAACGCAGACGCCACGGCUGGUACGAUGGUUGACCAAGCGGUAUCGCUGCAGCCGCACGACGCGGCCGCCGUGUACACGUCCAUCGAGGUGGCCACGGCCGUCACUCUGAUGGUCGGCCUCAUACAGAUACUUAUGUACGUGUUUCGGCUGGGCGUCGUGUGCACAAUACUGUCCGAGACGCUGGUCAGCGGGUUCACGGCCGGCGCGGCUGUCCACGUGGUGACUUCCCAGAUGAAGGAGCUGCUGGGCGUCAAGAUCGAUAACCACAACGGACUGUUCCAGAUCGUGCUUACCUAUUACGAUAUCGGCAACCGGAUCCGGGACGUCAACUUUGCCACGAUCACGGUGUCCUUCGUCACCGUAUUCCUGCUGCUAUCCUACAAUACGCACCUGAAAGCCUUCAUUAACAAGCGUCUGUUCAUGCCUGUGCCCAUCGAGCUCAUCACAAUCGUCAUUGGGACGACUCUUUUCCAGUUCACCACGUUCUCGGAGGACUAUCAAAUCAAACUGAUAGGUGAGAUCGAGAGAGGGUUACCCGACUUCAAACCGCCACCGGUUAACUUGCUGAUGAGCGUCAUCACCGAGAGCGUGAUCAUCGCGAUCGUCGCGUACUCGAUUACCAUGUCUAUGGCGCUGCUGUUUUCGGAGAAGCUCAAGUACACGAUCGACACGAACCAAGAGCUGCUGGCCCAGGGCGUCGGCAACGUGUUCGGUUCGUUCUUCUCGUGCCUGCCGUUCGCCGCGUCCCUGUCGCGUAGCGCCACCCAGCAGACGGUCGGCGGCCGCACCCAGAUGGCCAGCAUCGUGUCGGCCGGUCUGCUGGUGGCCGUCGUCUUGUGGAUCGGCCACCUGUUCCAGCCGCUGCCCAGGUGCGUGCUGGCCAGCAUCACGAUCGUGGCCCUCAAGGACAUAUUGCUGCAGGUGCGGGACGUGGUGCGCGUGUGGCGGACAUCCAAGGCGGACGCGGCCAUCUGGAUCGCGACGUACGCCACCGUGGUGCUGGUCGAGAUCGACGUCGGGUUGCUGGCCGGCGUGAUCGUGUCACUGUUCUUCGUGUUCAGCCGGGGAAUCGGAACCGGCGUUGUGGUGCUGGGCCGGAUACCCGACACCGACCUGUACGUGGACAUGGACAGGUACCGGCGGGCGGUCGAGGUGCCCCGCGUCCGGAUCGUCCACUACUCCGGGAGCCUGAACGUGACCAACCGGAACGUGUUUCGAGAGAAGGUGCACGGCGUGCUGUCCCGGUACGACGGACAGCUGGCCCCCAUCACCAUAUCGAUAAACAGCGGCAAGGAGACGGUGGUCCGAGCCCAGUGCGUCGUGUUCGACCUGUCCGGUAUGCAUUACGUGGACAGCUCGGGGCUUACCAUGUUCGCGCGGCUGGUCGACCAGCUCAACGAGGCCGGCCUGCUGGUGUACGUGGCCGCCGUAUCGGGCAACGUGUACGACUGCAUGCGAGCCCGGCAACUCGGCUCGGUGCAGUUCUUCCCAUCCGUCCACGACGCCGUCGAAUACUACAACAACCUGGAAGAGUUGAGAGCUUGAUCGAGAGCCCGUCAGUCGCGGCCAGCGGUGCUUCCUCUGAGCGCACGCGCGCCCCGAAAAAACAAACCGUUUCUACUUCCGGUCUAUCUAUAUAAUAUAGGUAUUAUUAUACAUUAUAUUACAAUUAUACAUUCGUAUCUUCGUGAGAAGUCGUUCGGCGUGGCGUUUCGCCGAUGGAAAAAUUAAAAAACAAAACAAAUUUCCAAUCGAUCGGUAUUCGUUGGCGCGAAUAAAAUAUAAUAAUAUUAUCUCAAAACCGUUUCUCGAUUAGCAUAAACCGCACGUCUGUCAAAAUAAUAUAAUAAACAUCACUCUAUUUAUAUAAUAAUAUGCAAUCGAUUCAAUCGGGAUUCGAGCGCAGUUUUAUUCUAGAUUCCUUUCGUUUUCUGUCGUAGUAUGGCGUCGUACGAACCCAUCGGACAAAAUGUCGGAUAAACGAAGUAGUUCCUAUGGUAUAGCGAGAUUUAAUAAUAAUUGUAGGUACGACGCGCAUUAUAAACGAAUAACUCGAUGAAAAUACAAAGUUUAGACCUGUCAGGUCAUCGGUUAAGGACGAUAUAAUUAUAUCGUGUAUUAUAAACUAAUAUAAUAUCAUAACAGUUAUUUUGCGAUCGAUUCGGUCCAUGUACAUAAUAUAGUAAAACGGUGAUCUCCAGAGAAAAUUAGGCAUUUGUACAUAAUAUAUUAUAUUAUUUAUGUAUUAUAAUAACAUAACGUCAAAGUUUAAAACUUUAAAUACGAUCAGAUUGACGCCAAACGUAAACGUGACACUAAAUUGUCACAAUAAUAUUAUUAUCGUUUUGGUCGGUCAGACGUAAUUAUAUUAUUAUUAUCGUCUUGGUUCGGCGGGAUCCGACACUGUCCGAUGGAUUUUUUAGUCAACAUUUCAUUACCCCACCUUAAUCACUAGUACCUAAAUGUAAUAUAAUAUGGGGGUGGUAGUUUCAAGAUAUAAUUUUUGUUUUUUGUUUUUGAACUGUAGGGAAUUUAAUUUGUUUCGUUGUUAAUGGAAAACGGUCUUCGCUGCACCGGCCUUUCUAGUCUUAAAUGUUUUCUAUUGCUUAAAAUCGUUGUAAAUUUCCUCCUCAAAGUUUUUACGUCCAUAGCGCGUUGUUUCCGUGGCAUAAGAACUUUUUUAAUAAAAAUAAAUGUAGCGAUGACGUGAGGUAUACGCUAAACAAUAUAAUAUAAUAAUCAUAAUAAUAAUAAUUGAUAUUAAUUACUACGGUCAAAUAAUUUUAUCUUUUUUUGAUAUUUUAUAUUGAGUAACUUAUGUUUAUAGGCGCAUAAUUGUUUUAUUCACAUCGCCUAAGUCCCGAUAAUUAAUCACUACGCGGUCUUCAAUACGUAUAUACGCAUUGGUCGUUUAAUAAACAGUUAAUAAUUACCGUCUCGGUGCUAUUACACAUAUAAUUAUUAUAUUUCACGUUGGUUCCAUAUUUCAUCGAUUUUUUUUUUCGUUGUUUUGUUAUUGACUAUGAUAUUAUAUAGGCAUUGUGAAACAUUCGUAAAAAAUCACUAAUCAUCUCCUCGGCGAUAAACCGCGGGCUACCCCAGCGUGAUGUAGUAUUGUGUACACCUCUGCAGCUGUGUAUCAUACCUACUGUACGUGUAACACUUUGCUGUAUAUUUGUAAUAAAUGUGUUGAUUUAAUCCUGAUAAACGAUGAUGGUGUACCAUUACUCAUUCUCAGCGAGUUAUCGCCGCCGAGUGUCGUGAAACCUAUUAAUUGGAAAUCGAUCGGUUGUUAAAAACCGUCGGUUUGUGAUUAACGGAUUUCUCUAUAUAAUAUAAUAUAGCGCGGUUGAUUUUUUAACACCAUCUCUAUACGACCGGUUUUAACGCCUUUAUCGAAAUAACUUAUCGAAAUCAAAACGAGACCCGAUGUGUUGUCAAAAAAAAAAAAUGUAAAACACUUAAAAAUAAUACAGUUACACCGAAAUCUAUACACCUAAAAUAUAUAAUAUCUACCUGCAAUACCAUAGAGUAUUGGCCGCGAUAGUAAAACAUUUAGAUAGUAUUAAUUUUUUUUGUGGGAAAACAUAAUUAAUCGUUCUAAUUUAAUUCUUCUGUGAUAUAUAAUAUAAUAUAAAAAUAUUUUUGUUAAUUUUAUUUUUGAUGAAUAUAUUUAGCAAAAUACUAAAAUUUUGUUAAUAGUACUAACCCAAUUAUGUAUAAUAUAUCAUAAUAUGUAAGAAUAUACAUACCUAAUGUACUACAUAAUUUGUUUAAUAUUGUUAUUUUGAUAUUCGAUCGAAACAAAAUAAUAUUUGUUGGCGCUUCGAAAAAGUACCACACGCUUUCUCAAUAAUAACAUUUUUUUUUUGUUUUCAUCCACUAUAUUAUUAUGUUUUAUUCACCAAUCUUUUUUCGACUCAUCGCGAAGUUUAGACAUAGGUGGAGGACAUUGUUUUAUUAUUCUCGUGUUAUUUUAUAUUAUAUAAUUAUAGGAAUGGAUAUAUUUAGAAUAUUGUACGCAGCUACCAAUUUUUUUCAGGUGAUAAGUUGAUGGGGUAAAUUUUUUUCCAUUUUAACAGUUGUGGUUAUAUUGAUUUAAAUAGUAAUAAGUUAUUACGCUGUAUAUAUACUUAUAAUAAACUUUUAUACUUCGUUGGUUUUCUAAUCAUUCCAUUGUGA